AUGGACGACAUCGAGGACAUAAUCAAUGAGGAGGAUCUAGAUCGUACUACCAUAAGCUCCGUUCGCACGUUGAUGGUAGCGCCAAAGCCUAUUUUCCAGCAGACGUCAAUGGACAGUACAGCCAGUAGUAGUAGGUCUGACAUGGACACGAAGGAAGAAGAGACCAGUGUCCCUGGUACUCAGCUCAUCUGGAUCAAAACGUACGGUUGCUCGCACAAUGUGAGUGAUUCUGAAUACAUGCAGGGUGUACUCGCGAGCUACGGCUACCGAUUCACACAGGACCCGGACGCGGCACAGCUCUGGCUGCUUAAUAGCUGCACCGUGAAAGACCCAUCCCAAGCCGCCUUUAUGCACUUGGUUGUCAAGGGCCGCAAGCAGAACAAGGCUGUGGUCGUAGCUGGUUGUGUGCCACAAGCUGACAGACACCUUAAGGGCCUGGAGGAUGUCAGCAUUGUAGGCAUCCAGCAAGUGGAUCGAGUUGUGGAGGUCGUAGAGGAAACGCUUAAGGGCCAUACAGUGCGACUUUUGUCCAAGAACCGACUGCCGGAACUAGACCUGCCCAAGAUCCGCAAGAACCCGAUGGUGGAGAUUAUUCCAUUGAGCACGGGGUGUCUGGGUGCGUGCACGUACUGCAAGACACGUCAUGCACGUGGUAAAUUAGGGAGUUACACGAUCGAAGCAAUUGUUUCAAGAGCGCAGGCGGUGAUUAAUGAAGGUGUGACGGAGAUUUGGCUGUCAAGUGAAGAUACGGGAGCAUAUGGCAUUGACAUUGGCACUGAUUUACCCACACUUCUGCACAAGCUACUGGAAGUUGUGCCUGACGGUAUCAUGCUUCGAGUGGGGAUGACGAAUCCCCCAUACAUUCUGGAUCAUCUGGAUGCUAUUGCUGAAGUGCUGAAACAUGACCGAGUCUACUCGUUCCUGCAUGUGCCUGUGCAAUCUGGUAGUGAUGACGUACUGCUGGCCAUGAACCGCGAGUACACGAGGGAUGACUUCCGUCGUGUUGCUGACAAGCUGCUUGCCAAAGUACCGGACCUCACGCUGGCAACCGACAUCAUCUGCGGCUUUCCUACAGAGACCGAGGAACAUUUUGACGAAACGAUGGAGCUUGUCGAGAACUACCGCUUUCACAUUAUGAAUAUUUCACAGUUUUACCCUCGACCAGGAACACCAGCAGCUAAGAUGAAACGUGUCCCGACACAGGUGGUCAAGAACCGCAGUCGCAAGCUUACUAAGCUCUUUGAAACGUUCGAGCCGUACACACACCUUGUAAACACGACACAAAAGGUAUGGGUGAACACUGAGGUAUCGGAUGAUAAGAAGCAUACAGUGGCACACACCAAGAAUUACACCAAGGUUCUGCUUCCACGUGAUGAUUCUCUCAUCGGAUGCACGGCGAAAGUACGUGUCCUUACCGCGGCACGCUUUCACAUCACGGGUGAAGUGAUCUUACGUUCCCAGCCCGCUACUAUAGCGGCGGCUGUCAUACGCGAGCAGAUGCGGACUGAAGGAAACUUGUUGGCGGUGGAUCGAUCCAAUGCGUUAUCUAAAGCAAAGGUGACUACUGCAUCCUCUUGCCAAAGCGACGACAGCUGUGGUGGCCAUGGCCACGAUCGAUUGCACGACGAUGAUGAUCACCUUCGUGGUGAAGAAGAAUGCUGUGGUGGCAGCGGAUCAUGCUGCACUUUUGGUGAUAAUGAUAAGGGCAGUGGAGGCAAGGACGGUUCGAAAUCAUUAGAAAAGAGGAAUGGAGCCAAGGAGUUUGUGCGAAAGAAGAAGCACGUAGAUUCAAGUGCAGCUGGAAUGGUAUCUACAAUCACGACGGCAUCGACGACGAAAUGGAACAGAGUGUGGGAUGAUAAGGUGGCGCUAGCUGCACUCGCCACGCUAAUGGUGUCGGUGUCCAUCAUUGGAGCUCGUGUGUUUACGCGCAAGUAG